UUCAUCAGUCAGCUCGCCCACGUGACAGUAUCAAAACGUCAAGUGGCAGGAAAUACUCCAUAAUCAAUCCCACGGUCUUCGAGUCACUAUAUCUGUCGAUCCCUGAGAUUAGGUCAAUCAUCAUCCAAAAUGUCCAAGUCUCUCACUCUAUACGACAUCCCCUCGACUCUCCUCAAUAACGCAUGGUCGCCUAACGGCAAUAAAGUCAGAUACGUCAUCAACUAUAAGGGCCUUCCAUACCGCACUGAAUGGGUUGAGUUCCCUCACAUCGAAGCCCUGUACAAAAAGCUCGGCGUGCAAGCCAGCGCUACCAAAGCUGACGGCAUAACACCCCACUACACUCUGCCCCUUCUUUACGAUCCCUCCACUGGCGCCUUUGUCUCCGACUCCGCAGCCAUCGUCCGGUACCUCGACAAAAUCUACCCCGAAACACCCACUGUUAUCCCUGCGGGCACUGAUGCAUUCCACUACGCCUUUCACGAGGCGUUAGUACGCUCCCAGUCUGGUGCUCUCCGGAAGCUCGUUGGAAUACCGGCCACCUUCCUCUUGAAUCCCGUCAGCGAGGAGUAUUAUAGGAGGACGAGGGAGGCCAACGCGUUUGGGGGGAGGAAAUUGGAGGAUGUGAGCCCGAAGGGUGAGGAUAGGAAGAGGGAGUGGGCCAGGGUCAAGGAGGAUUUGGGCAAGGUCAAUGCAUGGUAUGGCAAGGGGGAUAGGUAUGUCAUGGGGGAUACUGUGUCGUAUGCGGAUUUCACGGUUAGUGCGUCAAUCUUGUGGAUUCGCACCGUAUGUGGUGCGGAUAGCGAAGAGUGGAAGGAUAUCUUGACGUGGCACGAAGGUAGGUGGGGCACGUUGGUGAAGGACUUUGAGAAGUAUGAGACUGUUCUAUAAUGAGACCGGUGGGAAGAAGAAGCACAUAAAUAUUCGCUGCGUGUUUGUAGACAGGCAUGUACAAGUAAAUCAUAAAUGAGUCUGCAUGUUGUAUGCAAAUCGUCCAACCAGG